GCUAUAUUCCUGACGCACAAGGCAAUACUAAAAAUCUUAACGAAAAAUUGUAUUUGCUUAAUAUUACGAGCUAUUCGUGGGAAAGUUCGUUUAGCGUUUCCGAGGUGUCGCCUUCUCCCACGGCUUCAACUAACCAACCUCCAAUAGGAGGCUCCUUAAAUGCUGAACAAAAAUUAUUAAUUGGUUUAAGUGCGACAUUAGGAUUUAUUGUGUUUUUGGUUGCUUUUG